UAAGAAGUAGAGAGUAAAUGAGAAUGAGAUAUACAAAGUAAAUUAAAUACGACCCUGCUGUUUUAAACCCUUUCCCUCCAUUUCUUAUUACAUCUCUCUGCACUUCAUCUUCUUCCUCGUUCUCCUUCUACUGAGUGACUAACGUUCUCCUUCGUUAACGGCAUCUUAAUCUGAAUUACAAUCUGAAACCAAUUAGUCAUUCAAAAUCUAAAAAUGACACCACCAACAAUGCCACAUCAGCUGCCAGAAGAUGAAGAUGACUUCGUCAACUUGCUGUUCUCGUGCCCAUUCAUUGUUGAAGAAACCUCGCAGCAGACCUCGGGUCACAACUAUAACUCUGCUGAAAUUUCUCUGCAUUCUGCAGUCAUCACUGAGCUACCAGCGACAGCUCUCACACCGUAUGUUUUGGAUUGUGAAGUCACUUGGCCAGUCUCAGUACCGGAGUCUACUGAACCUUGUGUUCUUGAAGUUGCGAUUUCGGUGCAAUACGAUUACAUAAGUCCAGAAGCCAACUUGUUUUCAGAACCUACAGAGAAGGCUACUGCGAGCACCUCACUACAAGAGUUGAGUUCUAAGGAAGCUCAUGCCUGUUCAACGGAUAACAAUACCUCAGCCACAAAGGAUAUGGAUGAUUUAGCUGAGUCUCCAAUACUAACUCAACUAGAGGACUCUGAUACUUAUAGCACGGACAUGUCAAUGACCUCGGAUAGUUAUGAUUCCUACACAGAAGAGAUCAAAAAUGAGCCAAACCAAAAAUUACUUGAUGAUAUCAGAAAGAUAAACAAUAAGCUGAACAAUAUUGUACUUGAAGUGGAUUCUGUCUCAUCUUCUGCUUUUGGGGCCAUGAAUAAGACUAUUGUAAGGUGUUCCUAUAAUCCGAUAGCUUUCUCCAAUGACAUCACGAAACAAUUUGCAUCCACAAUACCAGUAUGUCCUUUCCUCUUCUUCUUGAAGAUGUCUGAUGAAAUUGUCAUCAUAUUCAUACUCCUACUCACUAGAUUAUGGCCUUAUUUAUAUAUUGUGCAGCCAGGAGCUAUUUCGAUAGAGUUUCUUGUUCCCUCAGAUUAUCCCAAUUCUCCUCCUCAGAUCUUAGACAAGCAGCCAGCUGGAUAUAGCAAAGAGGUUAAAGAAAUGCUGAAGGAAGCAAAGUAUAGGUUUUACAGCUUUGCUGAAGGCCUGAAGAAACUAAAAGAGUUGGCCGGUGCUUGGGAUCACUGCGCUUGGUCAACUUUCUAUGAUUUUGCCCAUAAGCAAGCAGAGCAAGGACUAACAAUCAAAGAACAGAUCAGCACACUUGCAACUAAGGAGCAUUUUACGAUUGUUUGAUCAAUCAUGCGUGUAACAGCAGGAUGGUGGAUCAAUCACUCUCAGUUACUCGAUUAUUACAAGUUGGGUUGGAUACGAUCUAGAAUAAGCCUGUUACAAUCCUACAAACUCCCAAUUUAGUAACCAAAUACUCGUAAUUUGUUUUCCAGCCAAGCCUUUUUUACUUCUAAUAAUGGCUCUAUAUAUUGUGCUUCCAAUCAUCGAAUACAUUUGAAUUCUCUUAUUAGUAUUGCUACACAACUCUAUCACAUACAUUUCAAUUCUCUUAUUAAUAUUGCUACACAACACUGUCACAUACAUUUCAGAUCUCUUACUAAUAUUGCUACACAACUGACAACUCUACCAUAUACAUUUCAUACCUCUUAUUAAUAUUGCUACACAACUCAACCA